AUGAAGUUGGUGAAUGAGCAGCAGAACAACUGGGACACAUUCCUUGAUGCCACACUGUUCUCUUUGAGGUCAACCAAACACACCCCAUUCCAGUUGAUGUAUGGGCGGGAGGCUGUGUUCCCCUCAGAGGUGCCUGUAGAUUAUCCUUGCAGCAGGAGACAAUCAUGGCACUUUCUUGACCCACCAAUCGAAAACAAGUGGAGGAAAAAUCAAGAGGCUUUUGGAGGAUUUGAAGAAGGGAAAAAUAGCAGAUUCACCAGGACACUGCCAAAUGUGACAGCUACACACCAAUGGAACUUGAGAGUGAGAAGGUGCUUGACAUACAAACAGAACAGAGCAAUGAGGGUAUGCCCCAUUGUACAAAGAAGAGCUAAAUGA